GCAGGAUGGAGGCAUCCUCCAAGAAAAGGGAUAUAAAUAUGAGAGAAAAAGAAAGGAUCAAGGAAGAGAAUGAGAGUCCUUUUAGUGUAGAGAAUAUUACUGAAUAGAAAGGGACUUGUUGACCCUUAAGCAUCAAAAUUUAUAUGAAGAAGAUCUAAUUUUUACCUCCCCACAAAAUCUCUCUAUGAUCUCCAAUUAUAUUCUACAUUAAAAAAAGUGGAGCAUGAGUAUGUUCAAUAAAACUAAGCUUUUUGUGUGAAGAAUCUAUCGGUAUAUAUAGGAAUGCAUGACUUAGGGAUGAUAAUACAUCUAUAAAUCAUCUUUAGGAGUCCGUCAAUAUGAUAAGACAUCAGUGAUCGGCAACUCCAAUUUCUGGUAGAAAAAGGAUGCAUGAGGGCAGUGGCUUCGGAACACACUUCAGAGUUGCUUACAACAGUGGAUCUGUUGCAUUAUUACUGUCACAUUUAUUGCUGUCGUUGAAGGCGAUGAAAACAUAUUGUCAAUAAAAAGGGUGAAAUAUUCUUUCUUUUUUCCCAAGAAAAUAAAAGAACAUAAAAAUUCAUAAAUGUCCUAUCCGCUAUUAUAUAUGUUUAUAAUUUAGCUUAAUAUGCUUAAAUCAUGUUUAAUUAUUCUAAUAACUUGAAAUAAGUUGGGAUUCGUACCUUCCGUCGGCGACCGUGUCGUAUCUUGCGGGCAUUUAUCGGAACGGGUACACGACACGAGCAGCAAUCCACAACUGAGCCCAUGGCAACGGCGACUCACUCUGCGCUCGCUUCGUCUUCGCCCGCGAAGGGCCGCCUCCUCCUCUUCUUUGGCGCUCCCUCCACUCGCAACGCUGCCCCCUCUUCCUCGGUUCUCCUUCCUAUGUCGAGCUCACUGCCUUCCUCUCCCACCAGGCUCCGCUCUUCGGCCCGUCCGCCCUACGAUCAACAACUGCUGCCCAAUGAUUGGGAGCUGCGCCACCGGACCCUCCUCGUCGACUCCUUCCACCGGAACAACGGCCUCCGGGCCUUACUUGGCGAGGUCUCCGGCAGCAAGGGCUCCGGCCCUCUCCGGCUCCUCACCAGAGAUGGGGAUUGGCCUGACGAUCACUUCUGGGCCGUCGUCGCCUUACUCGUCGAAACUGGCAGGGCCGACGACGCCCUUAAGGUAUUUGAUUCUUGGAAGAAGAUUGAGAUGACUAGAACCAGUGUUGCUAACUAUUCAAGAAUCAUAAAGUUGUUUUGUAGAGGGAAUUUGAUGAGUGAAGCAAUGUCAGCAUUUCAAGCCAUGGAGGAGUGUGGUCUUGUCCCAUCUUUGGCCAUCUACAAUGCUAUAAUACAUGGUUUUGCUAGAAAAAAAGAUUUCGAUAAUUCAAAUGUCACUUUUAGAAUGAUGUUGGAAGCUGGUUUGUUGCCCACACCGGACACGUAUAAUGGGCUCAUUCGAGCUUAUGGAAGUUUUGGACUCUAUGAUGAGAUGAGCAAAUGCGUGAAGAGGAUGGAAUCCAGUGGUUGUUUUCCAGAUGAGGUCACUUAUAACACAUUAAUUACUGAGUUUGCCAGAAGUGGACUUACUGAAAAAAUGGAAGGAGUAUGUAGAGUUCUCAGUUCUAAGCAUAUGAAAUUGCAAAUUUCUACUCUAGUUGCAAUGCUUGAGGCUUAUGCUGACUUGGGGAUGUUGGAAAAGAUGGAGAAGGCUUACCAUAGAGUUCUGAGAUCUAAUGGCUUCAUAAAGGAGAAUCUGAUCAGAAAACUUGCUACAGUUUAUAUCGAGAACUAUAGGUUUGCACAGCUAGAAGACUUGGGAAAUGGUAUUAGUGCUAAAUCUGGCAGAACUGACCUUGUUUGGUAUAUCAUGCUCCUUUCGAGCGCUUGUCUUCUCAGCAAAAAGGGUGUGGAAUCUCUUGUUCAGGAAAUGAAAUUAGCCAAAGUAACAGUCAAUAUAACUAUCACAAAUAUUCUUGCACAUUUUUAUUUAAAGAUGAAGGAUUUUAGAUCUUUGGAUAUUGUAUUCCUUCAAGCGAAAGCAAAUAAAGUUAAACCUGAUGUUAUGACAUUUGGAGUCUUUUUUGAUGCAUGCAAGAUUGGUUAUGAUGGAACCUGGAUAUUAGAACAAUGGAUAAAGAAUGGUUCUCUUGAAGAAGCAGUUGGACUAAAAGCUGAUCAACUGGUGGUGACUGCUUUUGGAAAAGGGUUCUUCUUGAAGCUCUGUGAAAAGCACUACUCUUCUCUUCACCCUAAGGAAAAGGAGAAGAAACGUUGGAGAUAUAGUGACAUGAUCAAACUUGUUUUCAGAAAGAAAUCAAAAGGAAAAGAUUAGUCAGUGUAACAGAUCCUUGUCAGAUGUCUAUGCUCUAACUCGAUGAUAGUGAUAUUUAGUUUUCAGUUGGGUUUGCUACUAAAUAUAAUACAUUUAUCUGAAGGAUUUUGUUCAUUUACAAUUGCAUUGGACAUUCAUGCAAAAUAGGAUUCAACAAAUUAAUAGGUAUACGCUGUGAGAAUCAGAAUGUUGUUUGUUUUUGCACAUAAUAUUUCUAUAUUAUGUUCAGAUUUAUUUUGAUC